UAAUCAUUUAAAAUUUUUGUAAUAUCUUUUAAAUUAAUACACUAAGUAUAAGAUAAGAAAAAUUCAUAGGCAAGCAAACUUGUUAUAAUUUUCAAGAAAUGACAAGAUGUAAUAAGAGUGAAGUUAAUCUUAAAAGCACUGUGUACAAUCAAAAUGGACAAAGUUAUUUUGAGCAAUUAACAGCGUACAAUUCUAUGAGCGCGCAUUUGCGACGCAUUUUACUAGCAAAAUGUGUUGUAGAUGCCAGAAACAAAACCUAUAUGCGUAAAAAAAAGCAAGCAUGUAAACAAAUUGGCUGGAAACCAAAAUGUGCAAAAACAGAUAUUACAAAUAAUAUAAUUGAUAAGUUGGCAUAUGAUACUUCAUAUCAUCCAGCGGAUUUUUUAAGAAUGAAUAAUGGUUCAAAAUAUUUUUGCCAGUGUCAAGCACAGAAAUAUUUUACUACUUGUUAUGAUUGUAAUGCAAUCUGUUCAAAACCAAAAUUACGUAAUCAUCUAGCUUAUAUUAAUUCUCCAAUAUAUAAAAUAAAUACUUCAGAGCCAUUUAUAUCAAAUAGCAAUAUAAGAAAACAAUGCACAGAAUCAAAUACUAAUUAUAGGAAAAUAUUUAAUCCUAUAAAUACGAAAGAUGCAUUAAAAUUUCAUGAUGAUAGAUAUGAAGAAAAUUCAAUAUUAUGUGAAUCUUGUGGUUUUUUAUCACAAAACAUCAAUGAUGAUCUUUCAUCAGAAAUUAGCACAAGAAGUGAUGAAAAUCCUGAUCAAUUUUAUGAUAAUUUAAUAGAUAAUCCAAAAAUCAAUGAAAAAGAUGAAGAAGAAACAUACGCUAAACUUAUGUAUGAAAUUACACACGAAAUAAUAGUAAAUGGUCUAUAUACUGAUGAUGAAUUAAAUAAGAUAUUCAAGAAAUACAUCGAAAAAAACAAAAAAAUUUUAGAUAUGAAUCGAAUGUUGUACGAAAUUUAUCAAUUGAAACUUGCUUUGAAUAUAUCGGAUAAUUCAGAAGAAGAAGAUAUAAAUAAUGUUGCAUAUGCUCAGCAAUUAUUAAAUAUUAGCAAAGUUCGACCACCAACACCACCGAAAGUUUUAAAUGAAGAUAGAGUAACUGAAAAAUUAAUGUGGUAUCAAAAAUUGGAUAAAGUCAAAAAUAAUUCAAUAGGCAAAAAAUCAGUUUUAUUAGUUGAUGCUAAUCCUGAAUUACGUGUAACUGAAAGAGAUGUCUUAACAUCAUUAAUAGAAGCUGAUAUCGAUCCUGAACAAGCUCGAAAAAUUUAUAAAAAACUUUCCUUCAAAAGCAAAGAUAAUUUAUUGAUUGAUACGAAAACCAUACAAGAUUUGAAUGAACAUGAAAUAGAAAAAAGCAAUCAAUUUAAUUCCAAUUUAAUAGAAUCAUAUAAGUUCGGAACGAAAAUCGAAAAAGAUGAAAAUCAAUUCAAAAAUGAAAAUUCAAAUAAUAAAUAUAGAAUAGAAGAAAACGAACAAUUUAAUACCAACUUCACAGAAUAUGAGAUCAAAACGAAAAUUGAAAAAGAUGAAAAUCAAUUCAAAAAUGAAAAUUCAAACAAUGAAUGUAGAAUAGAAGAAAAUAAUUUUAAUUCUAAUUUAACAGGGCAUGAGGUAUGCAAAAUAAAUGAACACAAAAGAUUUCUGAUGAUCUGAUGAUCUUGUAAAAUAUGAUAUUCCAUUUUGAAUAUAAAUAUUUUUUAGAUUGAAACGAAAAUUAAAAAAGAUGAAAAUCAAUUUAAAGAUAAAAAUUUAAAGAAAAAAUAUAGAGUGAAAGAAGACGAACAACUUAAUUUCAAUUUAAAAGAAUCACACGAUGUACAAAUAAAUGAACAAGAAAAAGCUUCUAUGACUGAUGAUCUUAUAAUAUUAAAGAAUAAAAAAGUACAAAUAUAAAAGAAUAGAUAUAUAAUGCUGAACUAAGGAAAUAAGUAACAAUUUCUAAAAUAUAUUUAUAUAAAUUUAAAUAAUCAUGUUGGUUUUUCUAUAAAGAUAUUAUAUUUUGACAAAAAAAUUUAAAUAUAGUUAUUUUUUCUUUUAUUAUUAAAAAUAAGUAUUACAUAAAUAUUUUCACUUGAUUCUUUUA